AUGUUGGUAGAAUUACCAUGUGGGUGGGGGUUUUACCAGGUGGGUGGGGGUUUUACCAGGUGGGUGGGGGUCUUACCAGGUGGUAGUAGGUUCACCUGGGAAUGGUGUAAUAUCAGCGGGGAUGGCGCCUUCCCCAUUUUCACCUCCCCCUCGACCGGCCCCACAGGGGGGGUGUUGACUCUGGUCAACCUUAACUUCUGGCGGGCGGCAGGAGGCGUCUUUUUCAAGGUCCAGGCGGCGAUCAACGCAACUGAUUGCUCGUUCAUUGGGAACAUGGCUCCUACCGUGGGUGGAGGGGUGCUAAGCGAAUCCUUCCCUGCAAAAUCCACCCCUCCCUAUCGCAUCUUCUCGCGCUGCGCCUUCAUCAACAACACAUCGCCCACGGGUGGCGGUGGUGCCAUCAACAUCAAUGCGUGGAACCCCAGUGGCGCCGUGCCCUCUCUUUCCUUCCUGAGCUGCCGUUUCAAGGACAACAGCGCGCCCAGCAGCGUGGGAGGGGCGAUUUCGGUGGCUGGGACUGGCAGGGUGCGGUUCCACAUGUGUACGAUCGAUGGGAACAGCGCUGGUGAGCGAUUAAGGUGCGUCUGGGGGAGGCAUCUACUCAAACAGCGCCUCUUUCUUUCUCUCUCUGCUCACCUUCAAGAGCAAAAGACCCUCAGCUCCUCUCCAUGCUUCUCCCCACCUACCCUCCCCACCCUCCCCUCCAUCCAUCCAGGUGCGUCUGGGGGAGCCGUAUACUUGAACGGCGCCUCCUUCUUUCUCUCCAUUGUCACCUUCAAGAGCAACAGGGCCCUCGGCAUUGACCUCCGCCCUAGCCUUCUCGCCCUCGGGAUUCCCGCUGGCAGCUGCGGUAUUGGCAGUGACGUGCAUGCAGUCACAGAGCCAUACAGCUACAUGACUCUCCGCUUCUGCGGGGCUUCCUUUUCGGGCAGCUCGGGCAGCUCGGGCGGCACGGGGUGCACGGGCAGCACUGCGAACGCCAGCGCGCUGUUCCUGCAGACGGUUUCGGGCGGCUCGAAUUCUCCGGCGACGGUGGCGUUUUGUGAUGGGACGAUCAAGCCGCCUGGGUUUCUCAUGCCCUAG